GAAUAAAGAUACCAGGUUUGAAAAGGAACGGAAACUUAUGCCUGUAGAAAACGGAAAACAGUUGCAGACCAUAAACACCAUGUCGUUUUUAUCCAAGCUUCACGAGUUGAUCAAGGUCACCCCGGGCGAAGGUGUCGAGAAUGUUACCUACUUGCGUAACAAAGAUAUCAUCCCUAUGGGUCCGGACAGACGGAUAUGGGGUGUCUGGUCCAUGACGGCCUACUGGUCGAUCACCAACGUGACCAUUUCCACCUGGACUGGUGCUUCUUCUUUGCUUUCGUUGGGAUUAUCCGUCGGUGAAACGAUGGGUAUCAUCAUUAUCGGUAAUGCUAUUGUUGUGGUGUUGGCACUCUUAAACGCUGCACCAGGUGGGUACUUCCACAUCGGUUAUACCAUCUCUCAACGAGUUGUUUUUGGUAUCAGAGGUUCGUGGAUCGGUAUCAUAAUCAGAGUCAUUCUCUCUGUCGUCUGGUUUGGUUCUCAAGCCUACCUUGGUUCUUUAUGUUUGAGUUGUGUUUUCUCCUCCUGGAGUCAUAGCUAUCUGACUAUGGCAAAUACAAUUCCAGAAUCAGUGAAUAUGACCACCCAGCAAUUGGUGGGAUUUGUCGUUUUCCAAAUCAUCUCUAUCCCACCGUUAUUUGUGAAGCCAGAAAAAUUCAACAAAGCCUUGAUGGUUACAUGUACUCUCACCUUCUUUGCUAUGAUGGGCUUAACUAUUUGGACAGUCACCAGAAAUGGAGGAAGCGAUGGCGCUUUGAUGCACUCCAGUAAAGAAAUGUCUUCUUCCACUAGAGCCUGGUUUUGGAUCCAGGGAAUCAGUUCUUGGUACGGCUCUCUUUCCGCCGGUGUGUCGAACCAGUCUGAUUUUACUAGAUUUUCAAGAAAAACUUGGUCCUCCGUGUUUGGUACCAUCUUCUCUUUGAUGGUCAUAGGUACCGUUAUUCCAUUGAUGGGACUCGUGACGGCUUCUGCCUAUUUGGAAAAGUAUGGUGAGGAAAUUUGGAUGCCAAAUGAGCUUGUCAUGAAAUGGUUGCACGACGAUUACAGUCCCAAAGCAAGAGCUGCCGCAUUCUUUGUUGGUUUAGUUUUCACCCUAUCGCAGAUCUGUUUUAACACCAUGGGUAAUGCAUAUGCAGGUGGUAUGGAUUUGUCUGGGUUGCUUCCACAAUACUUCAACAUUACUCGUGGAAGUGUUCUCACCGCUCUUUUGUCUUGGGUCGUCCAACCAUGGGACUUCUACAACACAUCUUCUACAUUUGUUACCGUCAUGUCUUCUUUCUCAGUCUUUAUGUCUCCAAUUGUCGGAAUCAUUGUUGCCGAUUUCUGGGUUGUGAGAAGAAAGCAUCUUAAGUUGACACAUCUAUAUACUACCGAUAGAAAUGGUAAGUACUGGUACUGGCAUGGUGUUAACUACAGAAACAUCUGCAUAUGGUUUAUUGCAUUUGUUCCAGCUCUCCCAGGCUUAAUUCACUCUGUUACACCCAGUAUUGAGGUUAGUGAAGGGAUCAAGAACUUCUACUAUGGGAAUACGAUUUUUGAGUACUUCAUUACUUUCUUUUUGGUUAUUGUUUCUUCUUACAUUUGGCCUUAUGAAAACGUUGAAGAAGAAGACGAGUAUGAUUUCUUUCAUACAUUUACUGAUGAAGAGUGUGCUAAAAAGCACAUUGUCCCAUACUCCCAGAUUGAUGAAAGUGACUUGAAGAUUGACCCAGUUGUGAGCAAUCUUUCUGCUGAACUUGUCAUUGCAUUACCAGAUAAGGCCGAUGAAUAAGAGACUCUCUUUUUAUCCAGUUCCAAAAUUUUGUUUUCUUUUGCUUCUUAAAAUAAUUAUACUUCUGUUUUCGGUACCCUACAACGUAC